CCGGAAUGCAAAAAUUCUUUCUUCUUCAGUGUUUUGAUAGUCUGUCAGAGUAGAAAAGUCUAGUGUUGGUUUGGCAAGAAAUUGCCGCAAGAAAUCACCACAAUGCCUGUCCAAAAUGACACGGCAGAGCCAAAUAAAGGCUUAACUGGUGCGGUGUGUACUUUAUGUGAGGAUGGCUUUGCUGCCGAGGAAAGAAUGGUGAAUUCAAAUGGACAAAUUUUACAUGAAAGGUGUUUCAUGUAAGUAUGGCACUCUCGUUAACCAAAUCUGUCGUUUGGUAUUACUACUUUUGCUGAGGAAUCUUAGUUCAAUUAAUGUUACUUGACGUAAAAUAUCUAUUAUCUUCGCGAGAAAACGUCCUUACGUUGUAAACGUCUUUCUGUUUGCCCAAAACAUCAAAAUAUUCAUUUUACACAACUGCUGUGAAUUGCCAGGGAGAUUUCAGUUGACAUUUGUACAAGAUGUAGCAAUGAAUGAAUAUUAGUUAAAUUUUGCAGCUAAGCAUCAUUAGGUGAUAUCACCAACUGCCAAUAAUCACCACUAAUAUUCAACCAAGUCGAAAAUCCACUGACAGAUUGUAAAUACUGUCUUGUAAACAUGUACAUACUCAAGAUAAUUGUCAUGGUAUAUAAUUUACCCAACCCUAGCUAACCAAUUAUUUUGCGUAUUCUUAUCAUACUCGGGACAACACCAGACAAAUUUAUUUGUCAAGGACAAAGUGGUUGGCUUCAUGUCACUCCAAAUUAGACUUUAAAUAGUUUCCCGUUCGGUUGGCCAUUUCCGUGCAUUAUCCAUUAUGGUGCCGAGAAAUAGAUAUUAAAGCGUUUGGAAUAUCUAUUCAGCCACGUGUUUUUUUUAUCUUAUUAUCUUUCACGUUGAAAAAUCAAAACUUGUUACAGAAGUAUCUAGGUCAGCGGUUACCAACUUACCGUAUGACAGUAAAAACAAAGAAAAACAACAAUUCAUGCUCUUUCAUAAAAGUUUCAACAAUUUUAUUUCAAAUUUUACAUAUUUACAAUGAAAACUGUGGAUUUUCAUUAUUCUCAGUCAUAAACUAAGGUCAAAUAAUGGAAAGUAGGAGAUGCAGAUGGUGGAUGGGAAGUCUAAUUUGGAGUGUCCUUAAUACUGUAGGUCAACCAUUACAGUGGAUUCUGGUUGCCUGUAUAAUGUAUUGCAACAUUUUUAUAUAUAACAUCCUUAUUAAUUAACCUCUUAUAAUGCUGCUGUUCAGUUAGAUUAUUUUACAAAUAGUACUUUACAAUACAGAAUUUUAGUUUUUAACCUUUUAAUUUUUGGUUUAGUUAGACUUCAAAGGGAGGGGAAAGUGUGCCAAUGCCCUUUUCAUUGGUAAAAUUGGGGUGUCAAAUCGCACACCCAAGGAACUUGGCCAAGGAAUGCCAAGUGCUGCAUGCAAUAAAAUGUUUACCUUCUUUAACCCAUUGAGUGGCAGCACUCUCUCCCUGGUGAGUAAAAUUAUCAGGCAAAGUAGGUCGCAUCUGGGUGCAUUGCCAGGGUUAAAUGACUAUUUUUGCACAACUUUGAAGUCAUAUGACUGCUACUGAAUAGCCUAUGAAUAGUCAUAUGACUGCUACUGGCACAUAUGACUGCUACUGAAUAGCCCGCGUGCAGGCCCAAGGGAAGAAUAGUGGGCCUGCAAGCAAGACCCGGUAUUUUGUAAAAUGCCCCUUUUCAUAACACGCCCCAUUCACACGUCAAUUGUCAAAAAAGAACCAAUGAUAGCAACUCAAAUAUUAACAACAAACUCGCAUUAAAAUGUUGCGGGGUUUUCUCUGCUUAUUCAGAACAGAAACAAUGUGUAAAUGGCUGCGCGUUUAAACUCAAAAAAAGCAAGCAAUGCAGUCAGUAAUUGCCAAAUUUGCAAGUGCUCAUUUUUAACUAAAAUCAGAACAGGCAAAUUAGGACGAAUUUCAACAGAAAACCAGUCUCAAACUUCAAAUCGUGAGGGAAGUCGUGCGACCACAUUAGCAUUAAUGUGUGCUUCGUUGUUGCCAUUGUUAAUAUAAAUAAAUUGUCUCACUUAUCAGAUCAUGUGUGCAAUUCUUGUUGGCAGCGGAAAGCACUAAAUUUAUUUCAGUUAUCUCAUUUGGUAAAGAACUCUACAAAAGAACAGAGCGUUCAGAGCGUCCAGAUCGUUUCAUUUCAAACGGCAAUUACCGUAUUCUGUUUCGCUCUCUCAGCGAAGCCCUGCAAAUCGCAAAGUGUUUCGAAUAGGCUUACAUGCAACUGCCUCUCAAUCUUCACCGCAAAAAGCGCUGUUUUCUUCAGUGCAAGAACAGAGUCAACAUCAACCAAAAGGUAAUUUUCUUGAGGAACAUAUAUAACGUAUCAAGUCUGUUUGAAAUUAAUGAAACUCAAGUAAAGGUUACUACAGUUUACCCAGUGAGUUUACCCCAGUCGUAAAAACUAAUGUUGCUAUUCCAACACUUCACGACAAGCAAUCCCCAUUCAUUUGGCAUAACGGCAAAAACAUCUAUUCCUUCAAGUAAACAAUGAACAGUCUGUUCUUGUUCCAUUUUUAAUUGAAAAAAGUGAUCAAUUUUCGAAUUUUAAGCUUAUCGAGAGCCUUUGUGAUGAAUCACUGAUCUAAUUAUAGAAUCCAACAGCAAACAGCCAAUCAGAAUGCUGCGUUCGUGGGCGAACGCGGAAAGUACAAAAUACCGGGCCUUGCUUGCAGGCCCACUAUCAGUUCCCUUGGGUCUGCACGUGGGCUAGCUACUGAAUUGCAGUUUUGGCAUAGCUUGUAUUAAUCUUAGACUCGCUUACAGUUAUAGCCUGUCAAAAUUGAGAAUUUUUCAUCUAAUGGUACCCACUCCUGGUUCCCUGCCCCUGUAACCAGGGGUUGAAAUAGGCAGGCGCCAGGUCGCAAAUUGCAACCAAAAUUUUCUUCUGGCAACCAGAUAUUUUUCUGUGUUGGUGUGUUGGUGUAAAAUUUUCUUCUGGCAACCAGAUAUUUGCCAUUCAAUUGAUAGCUGUCAUGGUAACUGAGAAAAGAAUUAACUUAAUAAAGUACUGUAACUCUCAAAAGUCUUUUUUUAGGCCUAAUGCCAGACGAUUUUACUCAUCAAGAGGAGAGCAUAUGCUGGUGCUUAAUGAGUUUACAUGUUGCAUUGGGCCCUACUUUAUUAUUUUACUCUGUCUAAUGCCAGAUUAUUUUACUCUGUCUUAAUGCUAGAGAAUUUCACUUGGGUGCGCGAUGGUGCUUUAUGUCUUUAUGGGUUAAACAACUGUUUCUUUUGUUAUCUACUGUAUAUACAAUGAAAAUACGUCAUAUACAUAUUGACAUAGGGCGACCUUCAUACUAAAUUUGGCAACCACAUCUUAUUGCUAGCCACUUGGCCUUACGCGACUAAAAGUAUUAAAAAUUGCAACCCCUACCCUAGCUAACUUUCUUCCAAUCACAUGUUUCUACUUUGUAUAAUGGGUCUAAUUUUAACAAAUUUUUAGUUGUGUACAAUGUUUUCAAACAUUUCCUGAUGGACUGUUCUAUGAGGUAAAGUGUUUUCAAAUUCUGUAUUUUAAUCUGCACCAUUAUUACUGUACCUAGUAUUGCAUGUUUUUAUACUGUAUAAAAAAAGGUUAUAGUGUAACUUUAAUUGGCUGUUACAUGUAUAUGAUUAACAAUUAUACAGGGCUCAAAAUAAUGGGAGAUAGGUCUCCAGUCAAAAUGACCGGUCAACUUGAUUUUAGCUUGGUUAAACUCUGUUUUUGACAAGUCAUUGAUAUGCUUACACUAACAGUGUAACAAACUAUUAAAAACUUGUUUCGAUACAUCAUAGUUUGAUGUUUUAAUUCAAGACGUCAGAAAUCACGUAGGAAGGCAUGAAAAUGUGGCCAGUUAAAAUGACCGGUGAGGUAAAAAAGUGACCGGUCAAGAGGCAUUUUUGGCCGGCCAUUGUCCAUUGCCAUUAUUUUGAACCCUGAUUAUACAUUCAGUAAUUUUACUCAAUAGAUAUAGUAUAAUUACACCAACACAGAAAAAAAAUCAUGAUUUAUUUAUUAGAUUACCGUGAUAUCGAAGGAACUAGAUUCUGUUCCGAAAUAUCACAUACUCGAACCGACCUGACCGCGUAGCUCAGUUGGCAGAGCAUUGGGCUAGUAUUCCAAAGGUCGUAGGUUCGAAUCCCACCGUGGCCGGGCAUAUUUUUCAAGCUCGCCCGGUGUUGAUAUACACUCAGAGUAACAUCAAUCACAAGCAUCAUAUUCACCUGAGUACAUUGCACCAACACAGAAAAAAAUCAGACAUAGUAUUGAAGAAUGCCUCUACACGCUGUUAGACAAAACUUUGUAGCUUUCUUCGUGCUUGGCAAAACAGCAUUUAUUUAUAAUGUCAGUGUAAGAUUUAGAAAUCAGAUUUUACACAUGUUUAGUCUUUUUAUCAUGUACAUAUACUGUACUGUAUAUACUCUACUCUACUGUACAGCUUUCUAGUCAUUGACUGAUUGAGCAAGCAAUCGGAAAUGAUCGACGUUACGGAUUUUAUAAAGACGUCAUAAUAUCAGUCGACCGAGUAAGGUGACGUCGUUCAUCUCGAUUUUUUAACGAUAAUUUCCAACGUAACAUGUUACUGCAAUGAUAAAUGACACGCUUCACGCAUUAAUUUAACAUAUUGCUUUAAAAUACAACGUGUAUCAACGUAUGCAUAUAGUUUUUAAAGUGCGUAUUUUCUCAACAAUCGGUUUUAGACAAUGGGAAAUAUAGAUCAUUCUACCGAUUCCGAAUGUUUAUCGAUAAGGCAAAAAUCGGCCCGAUUCCGAUUAUCGGUCAAUCCCUACAGAUUUCAAUUAGUCAUGUUUGUUUUCGACCUGCGCUUUUUGGUAAAACUGUAUUUAGACGUUUCUGGUUGCACUUGUAUCAUUGGAAAGGUAAAGAUCUUUCGUACAGUGGCUUUUCUACAUGUUUCAACACAAUUCUUCUUUAUGUUACUAAGGGCUAGUAACGAAUAAUGAUGUGCAUUCAGCCACUCACCAUAUUUUAUGUUAAAACACGAGUCACGACUGUCUCUACUUUUGAGUAUGUGUUUGAUAUUUUAAUUUUCAGUUUGAUGGCCGCAGAUAUUGUGAACAUGAUUUUCAAACAUUGUUCGCUCCUUGCUGCAAAGAAUGUGGUAUGUAUUACAUUAUGUAUUGCGAAUCUUUUGUUUCAGUGAUGUACUACAGUAUUAGAAGUUUGUUAGCUACUGUAGUACUGUAUAUAUGUGAAUGUUUGCUCUUAAAAAGCGGUCUUACUGCCUUAAACUUAAGUAUAGUAUGCCCACCUUAUUUAUGGACUAAGUCACAUUACAUUAUAGUUCACAGUUCACUGCCCAUUGGGGCUUUUCAGUGACCGAUUACAUCAAUUAGUACGCUUACAUUUGUUACUUACUUAGCUUAGACUAUUUAUCUUUACAACCAUUGUGAUAUAAAAUAUUACUUUCUUAACUGUGUUUAUCCUAACGCACUCUGUCGACUUCCCUUGUUGGAAACCAGAGCGCCCGGAGAAAACCCACUACUUUCGGCAGAGCGUUGACAGACUCUUUUCACAUGAUUCCAUAGCAAGAAUCAAACCCACGAUCUCAGAGGUGAAAGGCGCUUGUUCUGACGACUGCUCCACCGAAGCCCCCUCACUCUAUUCACUUCCGUAAUUGUUCCGAUUGUUCUUAGGCCAAAAAAAAUAUGUGGGUUUCCGGUUUCCCGACCCUACCUAGCUUUUGGACGUCGAAAUCCCGACCCUAAACCUUUUUAUUGGAUCAUGCUUGUAAGUGUUUCCACUUAGAGGAAGUUUGUGGAAAAUUGAAAUUUGAGGCAAUAUUGGGGAAAUUUAUCUUUGGAUGUGGAAGCACUGACUAAACAAAAUGGCGUCCGCUUGUUCGGAAAAUUAACUGGAAAAAAGAAGUUUAAAAAGAAGUUAAAACCGACCUACCCUACCUAAGUUUUUAUAAGAAGAAACCGGAAACCCACAUAUUUUUUUUUGGCCUUACUUAUACUGACAAUAUUUCUGCCGAUGUGAUAUUGUGAUAAGCGAUGCCGACAAAGGCAAAAUGGGUGCGAUAAUUCAAAUCUUUUUUAGUCGUACCUGACUGGUACUCCAAUGAUUAUUGCGGCGUACUUGAGUACAUAAUGUACAGGUUUCCGAAAGAUAUUCAUUCAGAAACCUAAAUCUAUUACAGCUGUAGUAGCUAUAGAUACACAAACACUACGAUCGACUCUAUUAACAUUCCUUAGUCCUGUCUCAUCAUAUCAUUCCAAUCACGUUUAAUACCAAGAUAUGCUAGACUUGCACAAAUUCCAACUACAGUAAAUUAUGGUUUUGAAUAACUCGUUCUUGGAAAGGUCAGAUGGUAGAAGUAAAAAGCUAAGUACGCUGAUAACAAGAGAACCAUGUACAGUAACUACAUAGUACGUGACUGAAGUACCAGACCAUAAUAUUGCAUAAUAAAAGACAGAAGUACCAGACCAUAAUAUUGGCGUACCUCUAGUACGUAAGUAAGCGAAUUAUGGCACCCUGCCAGUGGAAAACCUGCUUAAUUAUGUUAACCUGGACGUUUUAAUCAACCCUUCUUUUGAAAGCUAAUUGGCACAGUACAGUAAUAUAGGCGCUGCCAAUACUAAGCUUUCGUUGAUAAAUACACGUAAGGAUGCGACUAACUGAAAAAUACAGAGUGACAGGCAGCUGCAUCCCUACCAAGCUCGUUAUUAUUGCCAUUACAGUACCUAUACUGGCACAGACCGCUGCCAAUACUGGCAGAGUUUUUUUUUCUAGAACUAAGACAAAACGUAUUAUUAUACAUUUAAUAUGUAUUCUCGUUUCUAAUUGGUCAGAAAGCACCGGCUAAUUUUCAGUAAUCGGCAUUUAUUACGUAUUUUCCGCCGAUGACGUCAUCGGCGUCCAAUAAUUGUUUUUUUGGAUCGAACUUGCAUCCAAAAAAAAAAUUAUUGGACUCUCUCGUGCCCAAACCCUUGCGCGGCCAAAAGCUUGAACCUAUAAGCGCGGGAAAACAAACAAACAAUGGCCGACAGCAGAUUUGCUUCGCUGAAUGAAAGUGAACUCUCCAAAUUAUUGGCAGAUAAGGAUAGUGAAAGCACGAAAAAAGCCGCAAAGGGGUAAAUAGAAGUAGAAAUAUAAUAUUUAGCUGACCUUUGACUUUGUGCAAGGUGUUUGAUAUUCAAAUUGUACUUUUCCUACCUCAUGAACAGGAAUCGUUUUAUACGUUUCUCAUGUCUUUAAAUGUAUAAUAAAACAAUUAUUGGAUUCGGCUUUCGCACGAUAUCAAGAAUUAUUCAGACCUCGGUCUAUGUUAUCCGCCUCAGCUUCGCUUCGGCAGAUAACAUUAACCUCGGUCUGAAUAAUUCUUGAUAUCAUGCUCAGCCUCAUCCAAUAAUUGCUUAUUAUUUUUGCAGGUGAGUUUAUCAUUGGCCGUGUCAUUCGUGCUAUGCAAGCCAGUUGGCAUCCUGAAUGUUUCCGCUGUGAAAUUUGUAACGAUGGUCUUGCUGAAAGUGGCUUUAUUAAGAACGCUGGGCGGUAAGGGCGAGUUUUCUAAUGUGGGGUUCAUUUCAUUUUGGGGUUCAGUGUAUAGGGUCAUAAUGGUUUACAGGUGUAUCUGUAAAAAUCUCACGGCUUGUCAACACUGCAACACUGUGUUCGCACUGCUUUUUCCCAGUUGUUGACAGAUCUGGAUCAAGUUUUUCUAACAAGCAUGAUAUCGUCUUUACGUAACAAGUUCUUAACUACUUGAAGACAACAAGCUUGUGGCAACUUGUUACGAACAGCCUGUGCUAGUCUGUUACCAUCAUCAACUUUGUAAGAAGGUGAUAACAACUUGUUCCAGAUUUAUCACAGCUGGAAACAAGCUGUUGGAACACAUACUGUACUGAUGCACUCCGUCUUAGGACGAGGCGCCUUGUCACAAACUGCGCAGCAAUAAAGGAUGACAAGAAGUAAACGAGUUCUUUUAGUGAAGUAACUAGUAUUUAUACCUGUAUGAAUAAUUGUGCCAUCCUGAUACUCACAAUCUUCACCGCCGCGGUGUGGGUGGGGUAGCAGAGUAGUACUGUGUUAAUAGUGAGUUUACGAUCUACGACGCGGUCAGCUCGACGACGUCGCGCCAAUUUAUGCUUGAAAUAAGCCACUGGAAUUUAACUAUUAAUAGUGCUUUAAUUGUCUAAGGCAUGUUUUAAUAAUCUCAAAAAUGUUUAAAUUGACCUAAAAUACUCCGAUGUUUAGCUGAUGUUGCCAUUCUAUAAACGUUAUAAAACAGCUCCCAUUUCGCAACGAGCUUUGAUAUCGGUCGGAGGACGUGAAAAUUACUCGUUUGACGGUGUCCUAAGAAUGGCAACGCUGUUGACGAAACGUUUGAGACUACAAACUAUACAUCCCUUUUGUCUUGCAUGACGUAUUUCUUUGUUUUGCAAGCGCGUCGUCGAGCUGACCGCGUCGUGAAUCGUUAACUCUCUAUUACUUCCUUAACUCCUUUGCUUGUUGCCGUUUAUUUUCACUGUGCGGUUUUCCACCCAAACAUGGCGGACAAACCCUGUCGCUUGGCACGAGAAAAGCUAAUAUAAGAGAGGUUUAGUAAAGACGACGCGACGUCAAAGACGACGUGAAAUUGGCGUAAAAAUGGCGUGAUGUGCCCAUCUAUGGAUCUGCCCACGCCAUUUUUUCGCUAUUUUCACGUCGUCUUUGACCUCGCGUCGUCUUUGCUAAACCUCUCUAAUUGCACUCCGACACCGACACCUGUUUUGUUCAAUAUUUUCUUGAACCCUUUUCAUGUUUGUGUAUCUUUGUAUCAUUGGUGUUUAUUAUGUUUGUUUGUCUUCACCAGAGCUCUGUGCAAAAAGUGCAACGCGGAUGAGAAGACUAAACGUAAGACAUAGUUUUGUGAUUAUUAUUGUUAUACUAACUGUAAUCGUAUUUGUUUACCUGCUAGUAGUUUUAAGGCUGAUAUAUAUUUUCUGACAUGCACAAGCGACGUUUGCACUGGUAUGGUCACACAUACUGUAUAUGUCGCUGAUCCGCAACAAUGUUCUUCCAAAACUGAAAUGGCUAUGAGAUUAGGGUCGCCGAAAGGGGGGGGGGGGAUUUCCCCGGGCCCCCACCUUAAUAGGGCCCAAAUUGAGUAGGUUCUAAAAUUGAGUAGCCUAAAAUUGAGUAAGAUCUUUAAAUUGAUCAGAGCAUUUUCGAAAUUUAGGGCCCCUUACAGUGGGUGACUGACUUGGGUCUACCUUAAAAAUAAUGAUGUCAUGGGGCCCCCAGAGAAGAUUUGCCCUAGAUUACCAUGUGAAAACAGAGUUACGAAUAACAAAUUGUCAUUAAAAAAUCCCAGUUUGUAGGCCAAAAAAUUAGCGCCUUGUAUAAUUACAAAUGAGAAUCUCGUAUCCUAUACACAUUGGGAAUCGCACUCGGCCAACACAAUGGGAAUCCAGUUCGGCAAGGGAUACAUGGAUUCAAUAUUACUGUUAUUUAGUAACAGUUCAAAAUAUCUUUCAUCACAUUACAAUUGUAAGUCAAAAUUGAAAUUUGAGAAUAAUUCUAGGCCAGAAAAAAUCUUAAUUCACACCCUGGAAAGCAGUAGUACUUGGAAUGGGAAAAUUUAUAAAGCGGUAUAGUUGGAAGUCCUGGAUUAGUUGACAUUAGGGCCAUUUAUACGAGCAAAAAUGAGCCGCGGCCUAAAUAAGCCGCGGCUUAAAUAAGUCGCGAACGAUUCGUAUAAACAGUCAAUUUGCAAUAAGCCGCGGCUAAAAUAAGCCCAGAGUUGAAAGCUAGGCCUAAAUAAGCCGCGGCUUAUUGGAAAUUGACUGUUUAUACGAGUUGUUCGCGACUUAUUUAAGCCGCGGCUUAUUUAGGCCGCGACUUAUUUUCGCUCGUAUAAAUGGCCCUAUUGACUUGAUGCAGUAUUAUUAAUAGACUAGAAAGUAUUUUAUAAUUAUAAUACUGAAAUUAGUUUGAUUUGUUUGUUUAGGCACUGGACGAUAUGUGUGUAGAAAAUGCCAGUAAGUACUACUGUAUUAUCACUACUAUAAAACUGCUUACAAUAGAUGGUUUUAUUUUAUGUUAUAUACUGUACUGUAGUGUAGUGUAGUGUACUGUACUGUACUGUACUGUACUGAUAUUAAUCUGACACUGCAAUCGAGCAACGAAAAAUUCGUUGGCUCGAGCGGGAUUUGAACUCGCAUCUUCGGGUACCUAGACCGCCGCUCUACCUAUUGAGCUAUCGAGUCAACAGGGAUUGUCCAAUUUAAGUGCACCAAAUAUUUUCGUGACGACUUAACGCUUGUCUUAGAGGGCGCGCAGUGUUUCAAUUCUAUUUCAGAACCAUCCUCAGAGAUACGAAAAACUAGUUUCAUAUUUUCAUUUUUACAAUACCAGCCAGCCUAUAGUCGUAUAAACUCCCUCUAUUUUUUCCUUCGACAUUUAAUUUUGACGCAUGCACGGGUUAGGUUCCAGUCCCAUCCGACCCAGAGUAUUCGCGAAUAACCAAACUGGUACAGUAUAACAUUGUCAGAGGAAAGGCCUUUCAUCUCUGACUUCGUGGGUACGAUUCUCGCUAUGUGGAAAGAGUCAGUCAACGUUCUGCUGAAACUCGUCGGUUUCUCCGGGUGCUUCGGUGCUCUCCCACAGGGAAAGGUGACAGGGUGGCUUAGGAUAAACACAGUUAAGAAAGUAAUAUCACAAUUGUUAUAAAGAUAAAUUGCCUAGGCUCAGUAUCUGUAUGUAAUUAGGAAAGCGUAAUACUUGUUGUGAAGCGCAUUUGAUCAUAUAUAUCCACAUGUCAGUUUGCAUGCGCUAUAGAAAUGUUAACCAUAAGAACAUUCUUGUACUCUGUCAAAAUAAGUCAAAUUCUUCGUUUUUUUCGUAAUAAUUCUGUUUCUCCACCCAGCUUUGAGAAAGCGCUAUGAAUUUACAAGCAUGUGCAUUAGAAACCUAUUGCAAGUUUUCUUGUACUUCCCAGUUGCUAUUUUUAGAGACUCGACUUGCGUCCAAUACGAAAAAUGACUCGACUCCAGUCAACAGCCCCAAAUGACUCGACUCGCUAUUUGCCGUAAAUGACUCGAUUCAACUCGGCUACAACGUUACGUGUACAGAAUAAAUUUGUCAAAAUUAUUGUGAUUGUAUUGCAUGGGAAGAACAAUGAGUACUGUGAACAAUGAGAAUUUCGAAACUUUAUCAGAAAAUAUAUGGAGAUUUGCAUAGAAUAUAUCGCUGACGGGCAUGCCUAUUACAUUUCUGUUUUUAGAAACAACGCUAGUGCCACCGUUUUUAAAACGGAGUCUCAAAAUUUUGUGUACUCAUACUAAUUUUGACCGGCUCUUUUCAUUUUUGAUAUUUAUGAAGUGCUAUUAAUCCGUGAUUAGAGUAAUUAAAUAAGUAAUUAUGAAGUAAUUAUUUAUCCGUGAUUAAUUAAAGUCUAUUCUUUGUUGAUUCUGACUCCGGUUGCUAUGUGGUCGUACUUAAUAUUGACUAGAACUGUGAUAUUGAUACAGCCUAGCUGGCCAGAUACUGUUAUUAAAUGACUAAAGUAAUUGGCUUAAACGGUAAAUUUGAUUACUAAUUUCAGACUGCAAGCUAGGGUCGCGAGCCAUUAAAGAAAGCGUGGGGUGGACUUGAUCAAAUUCCCUGACUCAUGUCAAGUUUAGCUAUUGACUCGACUCGACUUAAACCAGUGACUCGACUUGACUCGAGUGAAGCCGCUGACUCGACUCGACUCAAGUGAAGCCACUGACUCGACUCGAUCAGAAACUGAAAUGACUUCGACUCGUGACUCGACGUUUGAGUGACUCAACUCGACUCGUGACUCGACCUGUAGGUGACUCGUUACAACACUGGUUACUACUUCCUGUUCCGUGUAUCCCAGGGUCUACGAAAUUCGCACGCGUCUCCUAGGCUCUGGAGAUGAGGAUGUUUGCAUAUACUGUACUGUGUGUUUGCAUGACAACACCUGCACUAUUCGAGGGACUGUAAAUAUAUUGUCUUCACGAAGCUCUGGCAGAUUAGAUUAAGGAAAUUACGAUGGGAUGAAGUUUGCUAGUUUUACUGAACUUCUUCAGUGUCAUAAAGAAGAUGCAGUAAAAUUGCCAACUUUGAGCAAUUUUUCUGUAUCUAUUUUAGCAGUCAUUUCCCCUCCAUUUUUCCACAGCAUGCUGUGACUAAGAGGAUUGUAAACUCUUACAGUAUAUAUGCAUGUUAUAGUUGCUCCAGUGUGCAUGACGUAGUUUAUGUGUAUAUACAGUAUAAAUGUUCACUAGUACAGUAUAUAGUACUGAUGAUUACUUGGAAGUGUCCCUGAUAAUUCAUUGAUUCCCUGAUUGUAUAGGCAAUUUGGGAAAAACAUGCACGAGUAAGUUUUUCAAAGACGAUAAAAGUGUUUGCGUAGGUCACAUGCGAAAUAGUUAAUUUUAACAUAAAUAAUUUUAAUAGAAAAUCUACUAAAUACGCCAGCCAUUUUUGUCACUUGUAAAUGUUUGGAUUUUUUGUAUUAUUUUCCGCUAGAAAUGCCUGUAUCUUAUACUAGAUGAAAUUUGCAUUGCAUUUCAUUUCAUUUCUUGGCGCUGUAUUUCAUUGUAUGCACUUAUUUCGAAAGAAAUGCAAUCUUAGCCAAUCAGAAUUGAGAAAUUUUUGCAUGUACAUUAUUUAGUAGCGCUUAGAACAAAGUAGCUAUAGACAGUAACUAGAGUUUGCUAUUCCAUCAAUCUUUGUUAUUCUUUCAACUUUUAAUAUUCAGUCAAGACUAAAAUGAUAAAAAUAGUGGAGUAGAUAUUCUACUGUAAAAAAUAUCCGUGGAAGUCCUAUACGCUCAGUACGACGUUCUGUACAGCGUUAUUUGACUCUUCCUGUACUUAAGUGAGUUCAUUGGUGCAACUCGGCAAACUAGUACUUCAAUCAGAUGUACUAAUUUGACUCGUGCUUUCUUUUCUUUUUAAGCACGUAUAUCCCAGAAGGAGAGCAUAUCAUGUAUAUGGGGGAACCAGUGCAUCCAUGGCAUUACAGCUGCUAUUCCUGUGGG